AUGGGCCGGACUGUGGUACCGGUCCAGGUGGAGGUGACGAUGCUGCGUGUGCACGCGCGCGAUGAGAGAGAGUGGGUGGUGAGGGGGUUGAUGGAGUCAGUGUUGGAGGGAGAGAGGAGGGGGGACGCGGCGGCGAAUGUGGAGGCGGUGAGGGGCUUGAAGAGGAAGAGGGUGGUGGAGGAUGGAGGGGAGAGUUGUAGGGUUUGGUUGGAAGAGUUUGUUAAGGGGGAGAAGGUCACGUGCAUGCCGUGUAGGCACGUGUUUCAUGAGGGGUGUAUCAAGACUUGGUUGGGGACUUGCCAUGUUUGCCCUAUUUGUUGA